AUGGUAAAAUGCACCUUUAAGGUAACUUAUCAACUAAAGAUCCUGACCACUGCAUUCUUCUCGGUCACCAUGCUUGGGAGAUCGCUCAACCGUUUGAAGUGGCUGGCUCUCAUUCUGCUUACAGGAGGAGUUGCACUCGUUCAGAUGCCAGCUGGAGGUGCAGCCAAAGGAAGCACAGCUGGCAAUACUUCAGAUAAAAUCGUUGGACUGCUGGCUGUUUUAGCAGCAUGUUUUUCAAGUGGUUUUGCUGGUGUAUAUUUCGAGAAAAUCCUGAAAACCACAAAUGUUUCGUUAUGGAUGCGUAAUCUUCAACCUAGCGCUACAUUUUUGCUUCUUCUGUGUUUUGAAAACAUCCUAACAGCAUUACGGACCGCGUGA